AUGCCCUGGAAGCCACUGGUGCCCUCGGUGGCCUUUGCCAUUUGCACAUAUCCCUUCCGCGCGACCGAGGCCAACGACCUGCCCCUGCAGAUUGGCGACCACAUCUACAUCAUCGAACAGGGCGGAAGGAGCAAUGAAUGGUAUCGCGGCUACUUGGUCGCGCCUCCCUCCAUCCUCGCAGGGCUCACCAGCGACAGAGGACAGCAGCUGGAGCAUCGCGUAUUCUCCGGCAUCUUCCCCCGCAACUGCGUCGAAGUACGAGAAUACCUAGGCGAAGGACAGGAUGAGAGCACAGACGAUGGCACAGAUGGUGGACAGACCGUGGGAGAGGACGAUUCUAGUUCGCGGAGAAAGAGCUAUGCGUACAAGAAGAGACUCAGCCGGCGUCAGAGCACCCGCAGCACGAGGAGCAGGAAGAGAAAGUCAGUGCUUGUUGCUGCCGAGCCCUUGCCUCGAGAUCCCAAUGCUCCGAGGCCUCUUGCGCCAGUGCCCUUGUUGCGCGUGGGCGACGAGACUGGCCUGUCUGCGGCAGAGCCGUUGGUUGACGAGAUAGCUUCAUGCUUGCGAGAGUGGCACGAUGCGAGACUCCAUGAGCUACUCCUGGCACGAGGCUACACUCAUCUGGCCAAGGUACAGGACCUGAUAAAGCGCGUUGACAGUGCGCGAAACCAGCUCAUGCACGAUGUCCUGACUGCGCGAGAGCUUGCUGAGCUACGGGAGGACACGGUCUGGGACCUGGUAGCGGGCAACAAGCUGUUGAACGAUGAAGUGAUCGUGCGGAGUCCUACUGAAAAGGGUCGCAUGUUGACAGCAGAGGACUCAGUCAUUGAGAUGACCAAGCUACAGGCGAAUAUGAGUAUUCUGGACAGGCCACCGAAGCCGACCCUGGAGCGAAAUAUGUUGCACCAUAUCUUGGUCGACGUGAGGACUUUGAUCUGCGACUCUGAUCAGCCGGCGACUCUGCAAAUGUGUCUCUGCAUCAAGGAGUACAACGAAAAGCCCAGGCCGCUGAGCGAGAAUUAUGCAAUAUCUGUGCCCGUACCCGUCGCCGCAACGCAGGAGGUGGAAGAUCAGACCAAGAGUCUGUUCGUGAACUUGACCAACCUGGACGUUGGCAUCGGUGCGGAGAUGAACUCCUUGUACGUGGUCUUCAGACUCUUGAGGGACGAGCCAGUGCGGCAAAUGGUCCACGGACAGGGCAUGAAUCACCAACAGAGGCCGACACUCCUCAGUAAUGUGACUGGCGGGAGCGAGAAGCUCAACACUGCCAAAGGACGAAGGAGUGUUUUCGGAAGCCAAAGAAAGCGCGAAACCCAUGGGCGGAUGCCCUCUCCCACCACCGACAGCAGACCGAACACAAGUCAGUCUCAACGAUCAGAAUCUACGGGGCGCUCGAGCAACGCGACGGUAGAGCAGGCGCCCGUCGCAAGCGAGGUCAAGACCGUGAGGCGCACAAUAGGAGUUGGUACAUUGGACAUCACGAAGCUUGCACAAAGCAAGUCGUACUCUGAACAGAGUGUCACGCUAUGGACUCCUUCCUCUGUGAAAGAAGAUACAAGUGACGAAGGUGACGACUGGACAGAACUGGUUCGUGAGCUCCAGCAUAGUUCAGCUCGAGGCUUUUCACGAGUUCGCUUGAUCAAACGACUGGAUGUCUUUGUAAAAGCUUUCGCGACCGCUGACCUGGAAGGACUCGUACGCAAUAGCCCACAACUUUUGCACGACGUGCUCAUGACUCCCAAGCUUGGCUUCUCCGGGGUACCCAAUGAGAAGCGAAGCGACAUCUACCUGACCUUGACCGAACCGAUGAUGACUCGAAGCUGCACAUUGGCACAUUCGAAGUAUGGCGCCGUCCCGCUGAGCCAGCGGUGCCAGACUAGUCUGGCAAAUCUGCAACUCACGCUCGAAGUACGAAAGGCCAACGGAGAGCGAAUUGACGACUGCAUCUUCACGGCCGCCAACCAUCAAGGCCAUACAGCUUGGCGUACGACUGGUGUGGAACGGGGCGAAGGAUGGAACCAGACUAUUAGACUUGCCAUACCUGCCGCCCAAGUGCCGGGCAGUCAUGUUGUGAUGAGCAUCGCCGACUCACCAAAUUUCCCUUUCGCGCUGGCUUGGCUCCCUCUAUGGGAAUACGAAGCCUUCGUGCGAGACGGCGAUCACCACGUCGCACUUUACGUCUACGAUGAGUACUCUUCGAGCAUCAUCGGUGGCAAAGGUGCCUACUUAGCGCUGCCUCCUUGGCACGACAAGACGGACACCAACCAAAACAAUGCCGCACUUAUCUCUCUGAGGACAUUCUUGUGUAGUACGGAGUACUCCCAGGAUCCGACGCUUCUUGGUGUGUUGCAUUGGCGCAAUUACCAUGGCGAGCAAUUGAUAGAAUUGCUCGAGCGCUUCCCUUUCGUGUCAGAAGUUGAAAUCGUGAAGCUCCUUCGGGAUGUUUUCGGCGCUCUGUUCGAGAUAUUGCACGAGUACGAAACUCUGGAAGAGUAUGAAGACGUCGUCUUCUAUAACUUCGUGGUCAUACUGAGCAUUGCACGAGAUAAGCGAUUUGAGCUUGGUGGAAUCAUUGAAGAGUAUGCUACCACUAGACACGACUGGCCUCACGCAGGUCACUGUCUUGUAAAGGCAUUUCAACGACUGGUAUCGAACCCCAUGGAUCCGGAAUCGUCACGCAAACUACGAACAACAUUCAAAGUCGGCGACCAGAUACUGAAGCUCAUCGUUGAGACCACCCGACAUUUCGGCACCAGCGGCAACGAAGGUGAGCAGCUCAAUGGCACGCCGGGGCCAGAUCGUCAAGCUGCUAUGAGGCACGAGCUACACGACUUGUUCGUAGCAAUCAUGGCGUUGCUACGAAACCCCAUGCCUGUCUUGCUGGGUACGCAAACAUUGUUAAUACAGCAUUUCCACGCCUGGCUUUCUGAGCUAGCGUCAGUCAUGGCGCCAGCAGAGAUUCUGGAGAUCGCUACUGAUCUCCUUGACUCCUGCUCCCAUGCCAAGGGCAGGAUGAUACUGUAUCGAUUGAUUUUGAUCGCCAACUACAGUCACCUUGAAGUGUUCAAGACCCCCGAGACGCGGACAACGCUUGUGGCCAACACCUUCCGAUGGCUGGAUCCAUACUGGGGAAGAGUGGCAAAGGUCACUGAUCAGUGGCGAGACCAAGUUCGAUUGUGCUGUUCCGUAGUCGCGGCGCAGAUGGAAGAGCUUGGCGAGGAGACUUGUCAAUACGUCCCGAAGCUGACAGAAUCGUUCACUGCUUUACAGACGAUGCCUCGAGCUUCGAAACGAGUCUUCAGCAUGCUCUUCCCGACAAGCUACCCAUUUCCGACCAAGACGGUGGCGCAAGUGAUCGACGUGGAUGAGGCCAUGCUGGAGAUCUCGGCCUUGCUCGCAGCAGCACUGACGUCGGAGCGAAGAUUGUACUUUGACGCAACUCGGGUUGACGUUACGAACAUCCUCCUACAAGCGCUACAAGUGGGCCAGAGCGUACUCUCGUGCGAGGCUUUUCCACGCAGCUGGCUGAGUCUUCAUGUCAGCCACCACAGGUACGGCAUGACUGCUCUGGAGCGCAUCUCGGACACCAUGAUUGAGUCACUACCGGACAUCUAUGCGCCAAAUGCCACCCAGGCUCUGGAGUUCGACACCGAGAGUUGGCGGGCCUUCUUCGACACACUCUUCGCUGCUCUUGGCAGUCCGACGCUAGCGAUGGAGACCUUUCCUGAACAAAAGCGACGAGCCGUGUGGAAGAUUGCUGGAGAUGUGCGUGAGCUUGGAGCAAAUCUUCUCAGACGCUGUUGGGAGGCCAUCGGCUGGGAGACCGAUGAAGAGACCAGGCGAUUGCACGGUUUUCAACGAAUGGGUGGCUACCAAGUGCAGUUCGUCCCUGAGCUGGUUGCACCUGUUGUGGAGCUUUGCUUGAGCGUACAUGCCAGUCUAAGGAGCGUGGCCAUCGAAGUGCUACGGUCCAUGAUUGUUGGCGCAUGGCAGAUUGAUCAAGAUCUUUCGAUCGUCCAGACUGCCAUGAUCGAUUGUCUCGACAAGCUGUGCCGUACGAAAGACAUCACUGAAAGCAUGUUACAGAAGACUUUCGUGCCGGAGAUGCUGGAACAGUUCGAGCCGCUACAGCGGACUGUCGAGGACAGCUUGUACAUUGCCGUGGUGGACAUGUUCGGCAAGAUUGAAGACUUGCUGGGCAUGCUCGCAGGCGUUCAUCAGCGUGGGUCAGCCAUCAAUGAUGCUACCCGUCUCGUGGACACUCUGCGCCUCAUGGAAUUUUUGAAAGAUGUUCAGUCUGAGGAAGGGUACGUCCGAUACGUGCAUCAGCUCAAAGAUAUGCAGCUCGCUGCCGGCAACAUCACCGAAGCCGGCCUGGCUCUCCAGAUGCAUGCCUCACGGUAUGAGUGGGACCCUUCCGUACAGCUUCCCGAGACGACAGAUCCAAAGCUGCCUGCACAGACGGCCUUUGAGCGGAAAGAGCUUCUGUACUUCCAGACCUGCCAGUACUUUGAGAAGGGCAAAGCAUGGAAGCGAGCCCUUGCCGUCUAUCGAGAGCUCGCCGUGCAGUACGAGCUCAACAUCUUCGACUUCUCAAAACUGGCCAGGGCGCAACGAGCCAUUGCAAGCAUCCAAGAACGCAUUGCUCGCGGAGACCGUGCCACCUCGAGGUACUUCCGCGUUGUCUAUCGCGGCCUUGGCUUUCCACCUUCGUUGCGUGAUAAGCACUUCAUAUUCGAGGGCAUCGCCACGGAUAGGAUAGCUUCGUUUGAAGAUCGCAUGCAACAACUCCACCCAGCGGCGCGGAUCUUGCGCGGAGAUCUGGAGCCAGAGGUUGAAGGACAGUACUUGCAGAUCUUUGCUGUCAGCCCUAACAAGGACAUAGAGCAUAUGGUGUACCAACGCACGAAGGUCUCGCAGACUGUCCGGGAAUACAACCUUAUAUCCAAUCCGCACCGAUUUGCGACGACGACGAGGCAGCCUGCUCAGGAUAUUCCUAUCACCGAGCAAGUCGUGGAGAAGGUCGUAUACACAACGGUAGAUGAGUUCCCGACCAUAUUACGACGGAGUGAGAUUGUGAACGUAGAGACUGUGACACUACUGCCCAUCGAAGCUGCCAUCGAGCGCACAACGAGAAAGACUCAAGAACUACUCGCCAUGGAAAAGCGCAUAGCCAGCGGCGACGACGACGGCACCAUGGCCCGACUAACUGAAGACCUCCUCAACUCCGUCGACCCCAGCUCCGACAGCAGCGUCGCCCGCUACCGCGGUCUGCUCCCCCCCUCCGAAAUCGCCGACAGUCUCUCCAGCGACAUCGAUCCCUCCAUCUACGGCCGAGACCAAGGCCUAGACUCGAUGCAGAACGCGCUCAAAGUGGCUCUUCUAGACCACGCCCUCGCCAUCCGCCGCUGUCUCAGCCUCUUCAAGUCCUCCGCGCACUUACCCGCCCGCGCGGAGCUGGUGCCCCGCUUCGAAGCAUCCUUCGAACACGAAAUUUCCAUCCUGUUCCCGCAGAAGACGAACAUGGUGGAUGAAAUCACCCCACGCUCCUCCAUCGAGAUCGAGCUAGAACAGCGGCCUUCUGAACAGAUGGAUACAGUCGAGGGCGCAGCAGUGCAGGACGAUCCAGAACCGCAGAAACGAAGACGGCGACGGUCCUCGCUGCCGUUUAUAGGUGGCCGCGCCGCGUCCCGGCAGGGUCGGACGAAUGGGGUGGAGGAGAGUGGGAGGCAGUCGAGGCGUGGGAGUCGGGGGAGGGAUAGGAGUCAUAGUCGGUUGAGUUUUUUUAGGAAGGGUAGUGAUGCUGGGCAUCAUCAGGAUGGGGAGGGGGGACGUGGUUCUUCUGGUGGUGGUGGUAUGGGGUUGAGGAAGAGGUUGAGUUUUUUGAAUCCGUAG